UCGUUGCGCGCGCGAAUCCCGUGGCGCGCGUCGUCCGCCGUCCACUGGUCAUAUAUGACCGGGCGCAACACACGUGUGCUGGUUGUCGUGCGCGCGCACCCGAACGCGGUCCGUUGUCUCGUGAUAAAUCGGUUUUUUUUUUUUUUUCGAUUUUUUUUUUUUCCAUACUCCUUUCUCGCUCCCCACCCCCCGCUCGUUAUUUCGUACUCGUGUCGAAGAUCUUCUCAGUUUUAGUUUUGGUUUUUUUCGCGGCACCACCGCUCGUCGUCGUCGUCUCUCGCGCGUGUACCCACGACCACCGCCCGGCCGUCGACCGAUCCGCACGGUUGGAGAGUUGGAGAUCACGGGCGCACGAAAUCGCCAAAGGACUGCCGAUCAGUUUUUUUCCCCAUCCCUUUCACAGAACCGCGGUCGGACACGUCUCCGCUCCGCGACGGUCGGGGAGUGCACAAACACCGCUGCACGUUCGAAGAUUGAAGUGAUCGAUUUCUUUUUUUAUACAAUAAGCUGAUCAAUUAAAAAAAAAAAAAAAAAAAUGAAAAAAGAAGAAACUGUCACCGUCGAUACUGGUUUGGUGAACAAAAAAACUCCGUCGAUGAGCUGUUCACGGAUAUUAAAUACCAUGGUUCUAUUUGGAUUUAUGGUCAAUUAUAUGUUACGAGUCAACUUCACUAUUGCUAUCGUAGAUAUGGUACCUCAGAAACAAAAUGUUUCAAUAGAACAACAAAACACCAAUUUUUCAAUACCUGCUUUAAAUAACACCAAUAGCUCCUUGAAUUUGACUCUUUCAAAGUCACCUGGUGAAAUUAAAUUUAAUUGGUCUGAAUACGAACAGAAUAUAAUACUGGGCAGCUUCUUUUGGGGUUACGUCCUUACGGAAUUGCCAGGCGGUCGUAUGGCCGAAAUGAUCGGCGCUCGACCGGUAUUCGGCUACUCCAUGCUAUUGGCGUCUAUGGUUACCUUAUUGACCCCUAUGGCAGCAAAAAUUGGCUACUAUUGCAUCAUAUUUUGCAGAGUAUUUUUGGGUUUUACUUUGGGAGUAACGUGGCCGGCUAUACUACCUAUCGCUGCCAAUUGGAUUCCACCGAACGAGCGCAGCAAGUUCAUGGCUAACAUGAUGGCAUCUACUUUAGGGGCAGCAAUUACUCUACCCAUUUGUGGUAUACUAAUAUCUGCUUGGGGAUGGGAAUCAGUGUUCUAUAUAACUGGCAUAGUAGGCAUCGCAUGGUGUGUCAUGUGGUUUAAUUUAGUUUUCGAGACUCCAGCUGAACAUCCGAGAAUAUCCGAAUACGAAAGAAAUUACAUUGAAACACAAAUAGCCAAGCAAAGCAGUCCUGGAACUAAGCCUAACAGUUUGCCGUGGGUAAAAAUACUUACUUCGUUGCCCGUGUGGGCGAUUAUUAUCACACACGGAGCUAGUGUCUUCGGUUACUUUACAAUUGUCAACCAGUUACCCACAUACAUGAAAUAUUUACUACAUUACAACAUCAAAGCAAAUGGUUUUCUGUCCAGUCUCCCGUACCUGGGCAAGUAUCUGAUGGCGCUGUUCGCCGGAAUAGUUGCCGACCGUCUUUUGAAUUCCGAAAAAAUAUCCAAAACGAAUACCAGAAAAAUAUUCACCGCUAUCGGGGUUUUCACACCGGGUAUACUGAUGAUCAUACAAGUGUACUUCGGAAACAACCAUGUGUGGUCGGUGCUGAUAUUCACCGCUGCGCUUACGCUGAACGGAGCGGUGACCGGUGGCUAUCUGGGAAACGGUUUGGACAUAGCACCGAAUUUCUCCGGCACGAUAUUCGGGAUGGCCAACACUCUGUCCUCGUUCGGCGGCUACUUAUCGUCGUACAUAGUGGGCAGACUUACAAACAACAACCAAACGUUCGAACAAUGGCGCAUCGUGUUUUGGAUUUUGGCCGGGACGUACAUGGUCGGCGCUUCAAUGUUUUUAAUCUUCGGAACGGCGAAAACGUUGCCGUGGAACUCCACCACGAAAAAAGAAGGCGCGAACGGUUUUUCAAUCAACGAGUCGGAAACGUUGAAACCGUUGAAAAUCGAACAGUCUUCUUAA